GCUUCCACUGAAGAAACAAAGCUUCAAGGAGUUCUUGCUUCAACAGUGUUUGAACGGAACUUCCUCCUUUUUCAUUGAGCCGAGCAAGCCUGCAUUCCGGAGAUCUCUCAACCCUGCUUCUACUUGAACACUAUUUAAAAUUUAACUAAAGCUUUAUUUUUUUUUACCGUUCGUUUUUUGAUUAAAAAACUUAAACGCCAGCCAACAUGGAAUCUCAGGUGCGUCAGAACUACCACCGCGACUGCGAGGCCGCCAUUAACAGGAUGGUCAACAUGGAGCUGUUCGCCUCCUACACCUACACUUCUAUGGCAUAUUACUUCUGCCGCGACGACGUGGCGCUGCCGGGCUUCUCUCACUACUUCAAGGAGAACAGCGAUGAGGAGAGGGAGCAUGCUGAGAAGCUGCUGUCCUUCCAGAACAAGAGAGGAGGCCGCAUUUUCCUCCAGGACGUGAAGAAACCGGAGAAGGAUGAGUGGGGCAGUGGCCUGGAGGCCAUGCAGUGCGCCCUGCAGCUGGAGAAAAAUGUCAACCAGGCCCUGCUGGACCUGCACAAGCUGGCUUCUGAUCACGUCGACCCCCAUCUGUGUGACUUCCUGGAGUCCAACUACUUGAACGACCAGGUGGAGGCCAUCAAGAAGCUUGGAGACUACAUUACCAACCUGACCCGCAUGGAUGCCCACAACAACAAGAUGGCGCAGUACCUGUUUGACAAGCACACCCUGGGGUGCAAAAGCUAAAGGCCCAAAAGUCUACAAUGAGUAGAAAUGUUCCUGAAUCUACUCAAUUUGCUUGGAAGCAUUUCACUGAUCUGUUCUAAUCUGUAUCUGAAGUUGUAGUGUGGCUUGUCUCCUGGUGUGUAUUCAGUAGUUGGUCUUCUUGUAACUUCUGAUUUUUCUGAAUAAACAUUUUGAGCUGGA